AUGGCGCGUAAAGGCUGUAAAAACAAGCGCGCUAACGCACGUGCCAUCAGAAAGGCCAAGAAAAAGAAGGCUACAACUAUUGUUCUGGUGCAGUAUUCCAAGUCUUGCAAGAUGCACGUCGAGCGAUCAAUCAAGCUCGUUACCGAGCAGCACAACAUUCCGAAGCCCUCGCCUAUGCCCGAGUUUCCCAUGAAGGAAUGGAGCGUCAAGGUCUACGUCCUCGACCAGGCUGGUAACGAGCAUCCUGCCAGUUGCUUCACCAAGGUUACUUACAACCUUCACCCCUCCUUCGAGGACAAGACUCAUCAGACCUUCACUGAUCCUCCCUUCACCUGCAAGAACGAAGGAUGGGGCGAAUUCGAGAUGUCGAUUGAUCUCUUCACCACCGAGAAGGGCGGCAAGACUACCGUCUACCACGACUUGAACUUCCAGUCCCCGAAGUACGAAGUCAUCCAGACGGUCACUUUCAAGAACCCCUCUCAGGCGCUGCUCUCGGUCCUCCGCGAGACCGGUCCCAUCCCCAACGAGGACGACUCGAAGGCCGCGACCAAGGCUCGCAAGGCGAACGACUUCAAGAAGAAGAAAGCAGCCUAUGACUACGAGAAGAUGGCCGAUGGUCUCGGUAAGCUCAACGAGGAUGACCUCCUUCACGUCAUUCAGUUGAUCCAUGACCACAAGAGCGACGAGACGUACACCAAGAACGACAUGGAGGCUGGCGAAUUCACCGUGGACCUGUACACUUUGCCCGAUCACCUCUCCAAGAUGAUCUGGGAUUUCAUGCACAAACGCGUAUACCAAGCGUGUAUCCCUUGUCGGAGGAGAAAGGUGAGAUGUGAUUUGGGCAGCGUAGACGACCCCCACGACCCCCCGUGCGUCCGUUGCCGCCGUGAGAGCAAAGAAUGUUUCUUCAGCGCUACGCGACGUAAGCGUAAGAACGAGGACGAUAUCGACGAACCAGAAGACGAUUAUAUCGUUCGUAACGCUCGAAAGCGAGCCCAUGCUGAAGACACGCCUCCGUUCGUCGAUAAGAAAUCCUAUAGUAGCGUACCGUUGACUCCCGGUGGUUCGACCGGCCGAACACAACCAUUAAAGCGACCCAGUGCAGACCGUGAAGAUGGGGGGAAGAAUGAUAGAGGAGGAAGCUAUACGGACAUCGGUGAAGAUUCAAAUGCUCAGUUAGAAAAUCUCGAAGCCCAGAGUGUCAUGAGAAAGGAAGUCUACGGGCCUCAUGAUGCCCUCGACCUGCUGUAUAAGGCUGCUACCGACAGGUCCGUCUUUAUACCACCUUCGUCUAGCAUGCUCCCAAACGAGCGAAUCGCUGAUUAUGCCACAAGCCCGCACGAUCUAAACAGGCGUCACGAAAGCAUUGCCUCCGUCGUCCAGCCCUCGCCCGUAUCUGUUCCUGGCCGUAAAACGCCGCGAGACCACAGUUCUGGUUAUAAUGGUCGCCCGACUGGUCGCGCAACGUCGAAAUCCGCAGACCUCAUAGAUCCACUCUUACAGUCAUCGACUAAGAAUGAUGAAGCAGCUGAUAUGGAACGUCGGUUAAAUGUUGAAAAUGAAGCCGGAUAUCAAGAAGCCCUUGAAGCUUGGUCGAGGUUUAGAUUUGUUAGAGCUGGAUGGUUCACGAAAGAGGAGGCCAUAAAGUAUAUUGUAUAUUAUUAUGAGUACUUAUCUCCCAUGACGCCUAUCUCGCCACCAACCUUCCGAAGUCCGGCUUCUCAUAUCACCUUACUGACCGAAGAACCUAUACUCACCGUCACGCUACUGACGAUCGCAUCGAGAUACUACCGUAUUCGCUCCACGGGUGGACAUUGUAGAUCGCACGCAAUUCAUGAGGAGCUAUGGAGAUAUCUUCGAAGAAUGAUUGAAAGGUGUCUUUGGGGACAAGAAGCUUUUGGCGGUGGCUUCUGCGGGUCCGGUGCUGAUGAGUCCCAGACCUCUAGCACCGCGCCGUGGCGAGGUUUGAGGAAAGGUAGUCUCCGUACAUUAGGGACAAUCGAGUCGUUAAUGAUAUUGACUGAGUGGCAUCCGCGCGCGCUUCACUUCCCUCCAGACGAGGCAAUUGACGAGUUGAUGCUUCCCUUUCGCGGCGGACCCCAGCUCGAUGAUGACGAAGGGGAUCAACGUCCUGGCGGUAACGUCGGAGGUCGUAGAAUUGAAAGCUGGCUUGAGCCUGCGUGGAGGAGCGACCGCAUGUGUUGGAUGCUACUCAGCAAUGCUUUAGGACUCGCCUAUGAAUUAGGGGUGUUCGAUGAUAUCGAUGAGCUACUUGAGACCAAUGCCAUCACGCGACCCGAGUACGAGGAUGAAGCGUAUCGUCUCCGCGCGACGCGGAUCAAGCGGUUGUUACUAGUCUACUUGACGCAGCUAGCUGGCCGCCUCGGCUGGACGAACAUGGUUCCUGACAGCAUCCGAAAAACUGAUCCUGCCCUGUCCGGAAGACGUCUGAUAUCAAACGAGGGAAACACGCCGGGGACAAAUCAAUCAGUUAUAUCUAAUAGCUUUAGUUAUGUGCCCAACGUCGAACUGGAUGACCAGAUUAUACACUGCUGGGUUGGCGUGAGCGAUGCCAUGCAACUGGGCAACGAAAGGCUAUUUCGAUCACGAAAACACACUACGGAGAUCAUACAGAGUGGAAAUUACACAAAAGCGCUCAAGGAAUUCCAGCCGAUCCUUAGGAAUUGGUGGAGAGAGUUUCAGCGCUUCGACAUGCCUGAGAAUAUCCGGCACAUACUGACAAUUGAAUACGAAUAUGUACGGAUAUAUGUCAACUCCUUGGCCUUGCAAGCAGUUGUUGAACGUUGUACAACCAAUGCUGGAGUAUCUAGCAACACUGUGCAUGGGAACAAUGCCGCCGCAGGGAAUCCACAGCUGUCACCCCAAACGCAAAACUAUCUGGGUAACCUCCCUCUUGGUCACCUGGGUGGCUUCGGUCACGAAGAUCAAGAAUACGUCAAGGAAGUAGUGGACGGGUGCAGAAAUCUUUUACGGACUGUGGUCGAAGGUUUGUUGAAAGAAGGUUACCUUAAGCACGCCCCUGUGAGAACUUACUUCCGCAUCAUCAGCGGAGCUAUGUUCUUGCUCAAGACCUUCGCCCUAGGUGCUCCUAAGUCUGAUGUGGAAGUGAGCAUUAGUCUCUUAGAUCGUACGGUUGAUGCAUUACGAAACUGUGUCGUCGAUGAUAUUCAUCUAGGCACUAGGUUCGGUGAUCUUCUCGAGUCUCUAACAACACGACUCCGAGACCGCUUCAAGUACGCACCGGCGACAGGUUCUGGCGAAGGCAAGAGCCCUCGUCAAAAUGGCGAGGUGAGCAGAGCCAUAGCUACGAACGGAAAUUUGCAGGCUAAUGGCAUCGAGAAUGGGUACAUGAACCACACUAAAUACAGAGAGGGGCUCAAUGUUCCUGGACUAACCAAUAUCGUAGAACGAUCAUCUACCCCUUCAGGCAACGUGUCAGCCACGCCUUUCGAUUUGACCACCGGCAACUUUCCCUACCCAGCCGGGUCAGCCUCCGUGUUUGGACCUACCACGCCAGCACAUAGCGGUAAUGCUCUAGAACAGUCUAACAUGGGCGAUAACAUCUUUGAACCAGGUACCGACUGGGCCGCUGACGACCAAAUGUGGUACCUCCCGCCAGGUCCAGGCCUAUUCCAGAACAUGGGAGAGAAUACCAACGUGACAAUGACAGAUCAGGGAGUUAACGUAGGAGGUGUCGAUUUACUUGAGUUUAUGGCUAUGGAUCCACCUUCAUUCAAUGGCCCUAUGGAUGGUCAAGGAUACUAA